ACCGGCUCACAAUUAGCCAGCGUUCAGGCUAAGGGAGAUAGCCUACGGGGGGUUUGUGAGUACGUGUCUUUUGCAGCAUCCGCGCCCAUGGGGGGCGGGUUGAGGGAGGCUUAAAAGCAAGGCUGUUUAGUUCGAAUAAAGCUAUCUUUGACUGCAGUUUACUGACUGCGUGUAGCAACCGCUACAACGUGUUUUUAUCGCUGGCUGUCCAGAGGGGAGGUGCUGAAACGCUUUGUCGCGCGUCUGGAAGAAGUGAAAACUUUCCUGGGCAGCAAAGGGCUCAACUUUCCUGAGCUGGAACAGCCAGAGUGGCUGGAAAAGCUACACUUCAUGGUAGACAUGACAGCGCACCUGAACACGCUGAACACAGCUCUUCAACGGGGUAAGGACGUACAGCCCUGCACAUGUUGGGGGAUGUUUUGCAUUCGAGCGCAAGUUGACGUUGCUUGCCAGAGAUUUACAGAAAGGCACAUUGUCUCACUUCCCCAAUUUGAGAGAGUUCAAACAAUGUCACGACAUGAUAAAUUCGGAGUAUUUACAUUCUGCAAUCAUCGCAAUGCAAACAUCGUUUGGGAAACGCUUCUGUGAGUUCAGAGAGGAAAAAAACACAUUAUCCUUCCCGGUCACUCCCCUAAGCAUCGAUCCAUCCCUACUGAAUACGACUGCAUUGUCAGGUUGACAGCUGGCUGACGUUAUUUUUGGUUUGCUGCUGGCGGCAAAUUUAAGUUUGGCGUUUUUCAUAAAUACAAGAAGGACUCAAAUAGACGUUGAGUAUUUUACUUAAAAGUAACCUUCAACCCAACGUCUUUUUUUCGGAGUUCAAAAUGUUUUUGUUGCAUGCAGAAAUGUAAUUUCGUUUUCUCUGCAGGAGUUCAUCAAUUUCAUAAAUGCAACACAUUAUAGUUUAUUUAUACAUAGCAUAAAGGCAAAACAAAACGUUGUAUGCAGUGUUAUUUCAUUUUAAAUGUCAAACGGGUUUUGCGGCUCCCAGUGUUUUCUUUUCUGUGGGAAACGGGUCCAAGUGGCUCUUUCAGUGGUAAAGGUUGCUGACCCCUGACCUAGGAGAAAAAGGAUUGCGGGUGUCCAAGAAGAAACUGCAAUUUGUCGAGAAGGAAAUAACAUAUCUCGGACACAGAGUCAGUAAAGGGCACCGCCAAAUAACCCCAGAAAGAAUAGCGGGAAUAACUAAAAAUACCGCUUCCCAGGACAAAGAAGGAAAUAAGACAAUUUCUGGGCUUAGUGGGCUAUUGCCGGAUUUGGAUAGAGAGUUAUACCCCCCUGGUGAAGUUUAUGUACGACAAAUUGGCAAAGGAAGACCGGGGAAUAAUCAGCUGGACCGAAGAAGAAGAACAGAAGUUCAGGAAAAUAAAAGGGCAACUAAUUCGGGCCCCGGUAUUAACACUGCCAGCACUGGAAAAGCCCUUUCAGCUGUAUGCAACAAACAAUGAAGGAACUGCGUUAGGAGUACUAACCCAAGAAAAAGGAGGAAAGCGGCAACCUGUGGCCUUUUUAUCAAAAAUGUUAGACCCGGUAUCCCGGGGAUGGCCGACGUGCAUACAAGCCGUAGCGGCAGCAGCCGUACUAGUAGAAGAAGCACGGAAAUUAACCUUUGGGGGAAGAAUGACAGUGUAUACCCAGCACUCCGUUAGCACCCUCUUAGCCCAAAAAGCUCAGCGGUGGUUGACGGACUCUCGCAUACUGAAAUACGAAACCAUUCUGAUGGUCGGGGAUGAUGUAAGCUUUGAAAGGAACAAUAGUUGUAACCCGGCACAGUUCUUAUACGGGGAAUCAACAGGGGAGCCCGACAAACAUCAGAAGGCGAGUGGAAGACCCCCGACGGACGGCAAGUACUGAAUAAGGAAGUAACUCGUCAUAUACUGCAACAACUACACCAACAAAGCCAUUGGGGAGUGCAAGCUAUGUGCGACACUAUCCUAAGGGACUAUGUUUGUAAAGGGAUAUUCACACUAGCUCAACAGGAGGUGUGGGGCUGUUACCUGCCAAAAGGUAAACAAGAAAAUGAUGCGUGCCACCCAUAAGGGGGGACAAACACUAGCCGUCCGACCGUUCCAUCGGAUCCAAAUAGACUUUACGGAACUACCACAAGUUCAGAGAUGGAAGUACCUGUUAGUAAUUGUGGAUCACUUCACUCGGUGGGUGGAAGCAUUCCCAACCACUAAAGCGGACGCCCCUACAGUGGCACGGAUCCUAUUAGAAAAUAUAGUCCCGAGAUAUGGAAUAAUGGGGUCUAUUGAUUCAGAUAGGGGAACACACUUUGCCUCAAAAACACACCAGCUAAUCUAUGACGCCUUAGGAAUCCAGUGGAAGCUGCACACCCCCUGGCACCCUCAGAGCUCAGGAAGAGUUGAGAGGAUGAACAGUACUUUGAAGACGCAAUUGACAAAACUAAUGAUGGAAACCAAGCUACCCUGGACCAAGUGUCUACCCCUGGCCCUACUAAGAAUCCGCACGGCUCCUCGAAAAGAUAUAGGAGUAUCCCCUUAUGAAAUGUUGUUUGGCCUUCCAUAUUGGAACAAGGUGGAGGGCUAUCCUUCCCUGCAAGGGAGAGAUGUCUUUGUAAGGGACUAUUUACAGGCACUGUCUCGUUCUUUUGCAGAAUUGCGCAGGAAGGGGUUACUCGCACAAACCCCACCUCUGGACUUCGCACUCCACCGAACUCAGCCCGGUGACUGGGUCCUGAUUAAGACUUGGAAGCCAGAGAAGUUACAGCCGCAGUGGGAAGGCCCAUUCCAGGUGCUACUGACCACCGAAGCCGCAGUAAGGACAAAAGAAAAAGGGUGGACCCACGCCGCGAGAAUCAAGGGACCCGUAAAGCCCGAAGAAGGUGCAGAAUGGACUUGCGUCCAGGGAGAAGACCCGAUGGUGCUAAAGCUCAAAAGACGGACAGAAUGAACUUUGGGACUGUAAUGUAUAUACUGCUAUUGUUGAGAAGCGCUGAAGGGGGAUGUGAUAAGUGCAGGACGACGGUAAGGGUGGGCAUGACGGUUUUUCCAGGGUCCUUUGUGUCACACUCGCAUGUAAACGAGAAAUGUUAUGACUACAACAAAAAGGAGGAGUAUGUGGAAAGUUUAAUCUAACCAACUGCUGCUUAAAGAUAGAUGACAACGGAAAGGUGGUUCAAAAAAAAUAUCAGAUAAAAUAAGGAAACUGGCCCACGUGCCGGUACAGACCUGGAAGCCGCUGGGGUAUUGGGACUGGCUGGACGGAUGGUUGAAAGGAGGCUGGUGGCGAACCGCUUUAGGGGUUAUAGGAGGGGGAUUGAUGGUCCUCCUUCUGCUACCAUGUCUGAUCCCCUGCUUGCGGGAGCUAGUAGCUCGGGUGGCAAGACAAGUCAUGCAACCAGGGGCCCCAGCUGAUCCUGUUCAGGUACUCCUACAAAGGGAAAUAGAGCUAGAGGAAGAAGCCUAUGUAAACCCGUGGCAAAAGCCCAACUGAUAGCACAUUCUAAAAAGAAAAAGGGUGGAUUGAGAGAAAUGAUUCUUAAGGAGUCCAUUUAGAAUGUGCUGACACAGAAAGAACGUGCAAAGCAACUUGCAGGGCAACGUAUAAACCAAUUUGCAAAAUCAGGAUGAAACAAUAGCUUGCUGAUUAAAGAAGCGAUACGGGUAACGGGAAGACAUGCUUAACGGUUGAACAAUAACGGUGUUAAUGCGCUGAGGCUGAUAAGUGGGCCAAAGGGUUAUCACAUUUGUAAUUUUGUAAUGAGAUUAAGGAAGAAUGUCUGCACCUCACAUGGGUGCAACUCACAAAGUCGUAAACAAGUAGGGUAUAAAAAACUGUGCAAAGUGUAAUUCGGCACUCAAUCUAGCAGGAGCUGGUUGGGUCCGACUCUGCAGACUCGAAAAAUAAAGUUUACCGUUCUGCAAAUUGCUGAG